AUGCGUCUCAGCUCCCUUUCCACUUUUCUCGUCGCUGUUGUCGGUGUCUUGGGUCAGCAUGAGAAGCCUAGACAUUAUCAUAGAGAUGGCAAGUUUGAAAUCUCUUGCGGCAACCGCGGUGGAAUCCACGGUGGGAUGAAAGCCGUUGCCUACUUCGGCAACUGGGAUAUCUACGGAGCCAAAUACUUCAUCACCGAUGUUCCAGCAGAGAACUUGACCCAUCUUGUCUAUGCUUUCGCCAACGUCAACGCUACUACUGGCAGCGUGUAUGAACACAUCCACGUCUUUAGAGAGUAG